AUAAACGCGAACGUCCCAACGCUCAGAGGUAACCCCAGCGAGCGUUAAGAUCGUGGGCCGCAGGUCCGAGGAGCUAGCUCGCUAGGGAGCGGGAGGCCAAGCGACCAGAGUCGGAGUCAGAGUCGGAGUCGGAGUCUCGGGACCGGAGCCGGAGCCUGAUCCGCAGAGUGCAGCCCGCCCGCCCGUCGCCGCCCGCGCACCCAGCGCUGCCAGAGCCACCGGCACAGCGCGGCCAUGGAGCCCAGCAGCAAGAAGCUGACGGGCCGCCUCAUGCUGGCUGUGGGAGGGGCAGUGCUCGGCUCCCUGCAGUUUGGCUACAACACUGGAGUCAUCAAUGCCCCCCAGAAGGUGAUUGAGGAGUUCUACAACCAGACGUGGAUCCACCGCUAUAAGGAGCGCAUCUUGCCCGCCACACUGACCACGCUCUGGUCCCUCUCUGUGGCCAUCUUCUCCGUGGGGGGCAUGAUUGGCUCCUUCUCUGUGGGCCUUUUCGUUAACCGUUUUGGCCGGCGGAAUUCAAUGCUGAUGAUGAACCUGCUGACCUUUGUGUCCGCUGUGCUCAUGGGCUUCUCAAAACUGGGCAAGUCCUUUGAGAUGCUGAUCCUGGGUCGCUUCGUCAUUGGUGUGUACUGCGGCCUGACCACUGGCUUUGUGCCCAUGUACGUGGGGGAGGUGUCCCCCACGGACCUUCGUGGGGCCCUGGGUACCCUGCACCAGCUGGGCAUUGUCAUCGGCAUCCUCAUCGCCCAGGUGUUUGGCCUGGACUCCAUCAUGGGCAACCAGGAGCUGUGGCCCCUGCUGCUGAGCGUCAUCUUCAUCCCAGCCCUGCUGCAGUGCAUCCUGCUGCCCUUCUGCCCUGAGAGCCCCCGCUUCCUGCUCAUCAACCGCAACGAGGAGAACCGGGCCAAGAGCGUGCUGAAGAAGCUGCGCGGGACCUCGGAUGUGACCCGCGACCUGCAGGAGAUGAAGGAGGAGAGCCGGCAGAUGAUGCGGGAGAAGAAGGUCACCAUCCUGGAGCUGUUCCGCUCGGCUGCCUACCGUCAGCCCAUCCUCAUUGCCGUGGUGCUGCAGCUGUCCCAGCAGCUGUCUGGCAUCAAUGCUGUUUUCUAUUACUCCACAAGCAUCUUUGAGAAGGCGGGGGUGCAGCAGCCUGUGUAUGCCACCAUCGGCUCCGGCAUCGUCAACACAGCCUUCACUGUCGUGUCGCUGUUUGUGGUGGAACGAGCUGGCCGGCGGACCCUGCACCUCAUAGGCCUGGCCGGUAUGGCAGGCUGUGCGGUGCUCAUGACCAUCGCGCUGGCGCUGCUGGAGCAGCUGCCCUGGAUGUCCUACCUGAGCAUCGUGGCCAUCUUUGGCUUCGUGGCCUUCUUUGAAGUGGGCCCUGGCCCCAUCCCAUGGUUCAUUGUGGCUGAACUCUUCAGCCAGGGCCCUCGCCCAGCUGCCAUUGCUGUCGCUGGCUUCUCCAACUGGACCUCAAAUUUCAUUGUGGGCAUGUGCUUCCAGUAUGUGGAGCAACUGUGUGGUCCCUAUGUCUUCAUCAUCUUCACCGUGCUCCUGGUUCUGUUCUUCAUCUUCACCUACUUCAAAGUUCCCGAGACGAAAGGCAGGACCUUCGAUGAGAUUGCUUCCGGCUUCCGGCAGGGGGGAGCGAGCCAAAGUGACAAGACACCCGAGGAGCUGUUCCACCCCCUGGGAGCUGAUUCACAAGUGUGAGGUGCCCCACACCACCAGCCUGGUCUGCUCCCAGCAGCCCAAGGAUCUCUCGGAGCACAGGCAGCUGGAGGAGACUUUCAAACUGACAAGAUCUCAGCAGAGCUGGGCCUGGGGCUCCUUCCUUCAGCCAGUAGUGAUGUCCAGAAGAAUAUUCAGGACUUUUAACGGCUCCAGGAUUUUAACAAAAGACUGUUGCUCAGAUCUAUUCAGACAAGCAACAGGUUUUAUAAUUUUUUUAUUACUGAUUUUGUUAUUAUUUUUUUAUCAGCCAGAGUCUCCUUUAUCCACAUCCCUGGCUUCACCCUGAGUGGCUCAGUGCCUGAGGGUGGGGACCAAGCCCUGCCUAGACACUUGCCUUCUUUGCCAAGCUAAUCUGUAGGGCCGGACCUAUGACCCAAGGACACACUAAUCGAACUGCGAACCAUGAGUCUUCUACCCCAAGAGGUGGCUCUGGCCACACCUUCUGUGGGCCUGGGUCUCCCCACCUAGGGAUCAGGCUCCAGGAUCAGGCUCCAUUAGGAUUCGCCCAUUCCUGUCUCUUCCUACCCAACCACUCAAAUUCAUCUUCCCUUGCCUGAGACCAGUUGGGAGCACUGGAGUACAGGGAGGAGAGGGGAAGGGCCAGACUGGGCUGCCAGGUGCUAGUCUCCUUUGCACUGAGGGCCAGACGAUCACCAAGAGAGGAGGGCCAUGGGAAACUGAGAACUCACUAUUCAAGAAGACGUGAACACUCCUGCCCUGCUGUGUAUAGUUGGAAGAUAUUUAUAUAUAUUUUUUGGUUGUCAAUAUUAAAUACAGACACUAAGUUAUAGUAUAUCUGGACAAACCAACUUGUAAAUACACCACCUUACUCCCUCUGUAACUUACCUAAGCAGAUAUAAAUGGCUGGUUUUUAGAAA